AUGGGGACCAACAAAUUUUGCUCCACUUAUCAAGAAGGCGGUGGACAUUGUCAGGAAAAAUCAGGAAAGUAUCACAUCCUAGUCAUAGUAGCUGACGGACAGGUAACCAGCGAGGAGGAAACCAUUCAAGCCAUUGUUGAUGCCUCCAAUUUCCCUCUUUCUAUCAUCGUCAUUGGUGUUGGUGACGGUCCAUGGAAUGUUAUGAAUGAUUUAGACGAAAAGUUACCAUCCAGAAAGUUCGAUAAUUUUAAGUUUGUCGACUUUCAUGAGAUCAAAGGUUCAGCUAGAAAUCCACAAACUGCUAUAGCGAUAGAAGCAUUAUCGGAGAUUCCCGAACAAUAUAAAGCUAUCCGGAAACUUAAACUUAUAGAAAACAUGUGA